UAAAAAAUUUCAAUUCGCUUCAAAAAUAUAUUACAAAUAUAACAGCCAAUUUAAUCAAAUCAAAUUCGCCACAAAAAUCGCAAACAAAGUUUACAAAAUUCGUUUACUCAAUCCCAUAACACAAAACAAGCUACAACUAAUUCAAAUAUAUAACUGUUAAAUCUAUCAGAGAGAGAGAGAGAAAGAAAAAGAGAUAGAGAAGUACACGCGUGUGUUUAAAUACUGGAAAAUACAGAUAAGAUAAAUUAUUGUAAACACUAAGCCAUACACACAUUAUAGAAGGCUAACCACACGAAAAUACAUUAAAAUCAAUAAGUAACCAGUACAGAGAGACAGUUCAAGUGAAAACCCGAAACGAUACUUUCAAAAAGUGCUUAAAAGUAAUCAAAAGAAUUAUUCAAGAGAUAAAAAUUAUAAGAAACAAACUUAGACAAAUAAACAACGGUCAUUUUCUGAGGAAGAUAUACGAAAAGCUUCCAGCAGAAUCGGUGAAAAUCGUUUACAAUUUUUUCUCGCAAAGGCGCCACGUCCAAGAGCAAAUCGUUCCAUAUGGUUCAUAUUAUUGAAUUGGUCGGCCAGCCGAAGGUUGAGUUUGCUCAACAAGUUACUGUAAGUUGCCAUCAUCCAUUAAUACCACCAGCCAUCAAAUUAAUGAACCGUGCUUUACAGCUGAAGCCAGCUGAAAAUGAAAGUCGCAGCGAGCAUUUAGAUCGCAAGCUGUUCGUUGGCAUGCUCAGCAAACAACAGACCGAAGACGAUGUUAGACAAAUCUUCCAUCCCUUCGGCACUAUAGAGGAGUGCACCAUACUUCGUGGGCCGGACGGUGCUAGCAAAGGCUGCGCUUUCGUCAAAUUUGGUUCGCAGCAGGAGGCUCAGUCAGCAAUAACCAACCUACACGGAAGUCAAACUAUGCCGGGCGCAUCCUCCAGCCUGGUCGUCAAAUACGCCGACACGGAGAAGGAGCGACAAAUAAGGCGCAUGCAGCAAAUGGCCGGUCACAUGAACCUGCUGAAUCCGUUCGUCUUUAAUCAGUUCAGUCCGUACGGCGCCUACGCCCAGCAACAGCAACAGGCCGCCCUGAUGGCCGCCGCUGCCACGGCACCCGGUUCCGCAGCCGCCUACAUGAACCCCAUGGCGGCCCUGGCAACGCAGAUACCUCAUGGCCUAAACGGCACCGGUCAGCCCCCCUCGCUGCCCUCGCCGACCAUGCCCAACUUCAAUAUGGGCGCCAACACGCCCAACGGACAGCCCGGCGGAGCGGCCGCCGCUGCUGCUGCGGCGGCUGCCGCGGACGGCGUCUUCACGAACGGCAUUCCACAAACGGCAUUCCCAGGACAUCCGCUGCACUUGACUAUACCGCCACAAGGUUUGCCAAACGGCGAUGCUGCUACCCUGCAACAUGCCUUCCCUGGUCUGCCACCGUUUCCAGGAGUUGCCUUUCCCGCCGUCUAUGGACAGUUUCCACAAGCUUUACCACCUCCCCUAGCGGCGGUUGCACCCACUCAGCGUGAAGAUUUUCUGAUGUUCCCAGGAUGUUCGAUAUCCGGUCCCGAGGGCUGCAAUCUCUUCAUCUACCAUUUGCCCCAAGAGUUUGGCGACGCCGAGUUAAUGCAAAUGUUCCUGCCCUUUGGCAAUGUGAUCAGCUCCAAGGUCUUCAUUGAUCGUGCUACGAACCAGAGCAAAUGUUUCGGAUUUGUUUCAUUCGAUAAUCCCGCCAGCGCUCAAGCGGCCAUUCAGGCCAUGAAUGGCUUCCAGAUUGGCAUGAAAAGACUGAAAGUUCAAUUGAAGCGGCCAAAGGAUGCCAGUCGACCCUAUUAACAAUCGGAGUUCCUUAAACGCAAUUCACAACAACCAACUGGAGCAACUACAUCAGCAACAGCCGCUUUGCCAACAACUACCGCAUUUUCAGCAGCCACGCCCACAUCGGCAGUAACCUCCGUAUCAGCAACAUUGACCACAACGGCCCACUAUAAUAACCUUGGCAGCAGCUUUAGGCCAACCUUAUCUUUGCCCACUGAACGCUCCAACCACAAUGCCCACAUACCCUACACAUUUGCCAGCUGGCGCAGUGGCACAUACUGCUAUCACAGCAACAACAACAACAACAACAAUAAUAAUAACGAAAACUGCAGCGACAACAACAACAACAGCAACAGGAACGUACCCGAGUCCCAAUCCCAAAGCGAUCCAUCAUCCAACACCAAUUGCUCCAAAGUUGAACUGGUCGAGAGACUAUUCAUGUGGCAACAGCAAAAGCGAAAGGCCUAAAUGCAACAUCAAACACGACAGCAAACCAUAACAACUGCAGCUACAAUAAGGAGCAACUAUUGAUGGGAUGGUCGUCAACCAUGCUAUGUGAAAACGAUUAUAGAAAUGAAACAUGCAAAGCGUAUGUAAAAAAAAAAAUAAAAAAUAGUAAACAAGAAAAAUGUAAAUUAAAAAAAGAAAACACCUUAGAGCUGAAAAAUUGAAUAGAUUUAUAUAUAUAAUAUAUUUAUAUAUAUUUAUCCGAUUAUACAUUCAACUGAAUGCAGUACAGCAGUACACACAAAAUAAUAAGAGAAACCCAACAAAAAAGAAACCACAAACAAAAUUAUAAAUUGAGAAAUGCAGAAGAAUGACAGAAUUUUUGCCAAAAUAUCGAUUUAAUAAAAGUAUAUAUUUAUAGAAGCAAGAAACAAACAUUGAUAUUGAUAGUUUUGUUAACAACUAAAGAACAAGAACAUUGCACACCACUACACACCCACACUGAACACAAAACUUGAGACAAAAACUGACUGGCAAGAGACCAAAAUUAUCUGGGUUUUCAAAUAAAAAUAACAAAAAAAAAAAAA